GCCAUCCUUGACAGACCCCCCUCCUCCUGGGAGUCUGUGACAGAGGUGGUCGGGACCCGCGGCUGGAAAAAGCCAAGCAGAGGGCCUGGGCUUGCCGGCCUGGGCCCAGUCCCAGCCCCAAGAUCCCUUGGCUCCUCCCCCAGGCCCUCCCCCACUCCACCCCACAUACACUUAAUACUUCGGACGUCCAGUCCCCACACUGCAGACUUUGGCCUUAGCUGUAGCUAGUGUGGGAGCCUGGAAGACUGGGAGCAAAGUCUCAAACAGAGCAAAAGAAGUUUCAGGCCUUGUGGAAGUUGCCAGCUUUCCCUAGAGGAGCUGCCACCUGCAGGUCACUUGGGCUCCAGGCAUGUGGCUGCCGAUGCUGCUGGGAACCUUGCUCUGGGUGGCGCUGUGGCUGCUCAGGGACCAGCAGAGCCUGCCCGCCAGCGAUGCCUUCGUCUUCAUCACGGGUUGUGACUCAGGCUUCGGGCGGCUUCUGGCACUGAGACUGGACCAGAGAGGCUUCCGAGUCCUGGCCAGCUGCCUGACCCCCUCAGGGGCAGAGGACCUCCAGCGGGUGGCCUCCUCCCGCCUCCACGCCACUCUGCUGGAUGUCACUGAUCCCCAGAGUGUCCAGCGGGCAGCCAAGUGGGUGGAGACACAUGUUGGGGAAGCAGGGCUUUUUGGUCUGGUGAAUAAUGCUGGUGUGGCUGGUAUCAUCGGACCCACACCGUGGCUGACACGGGAUGAUUUCCACCGGGUGCUGAAUGUGAACACACUGGGUCCCAUCGGGGUCACACUUGCCCUGCUGCCCCUGCUGCAGCAGGCCCGGGGCCGGGUGAUCAAUGUCACUAGUGUCCUGGGUCGCCUAGCAGCCAAUGGUGGGGGCUACUGUGUCUCCAAGUUUGGCCUGGAGGCUUUCUCGGACAGCCUGAGGCGGGACGUGGCUUCUUUUGGGGUCCGAGUCUCCAUCGUGGAGCCUGGUUUCUUCCAAACCCCUGUGACAAACCUGAAGAGUCUGGAGAACGCCCUGCAGGCCUGCUGGGCACGGCUCCCUCCAGCCACACAGGCCCACUAUGGGGAGGCCUUCCUCACCAAGUACCUGAAGGUGCAGCAGCGCAUCAUGAACCUGCUCUGUGACCCGGACCUGACCAAGGUGAGCAAGUGCCUGGAGCAUGCCCUGACUGCUCGUCACCCCAGGACCCGCUACAGCCCAGGCUGGGACGCCAAGCUGCUCUGGCUGCCAGCUUCCUACCUGCCAGCCAGCCUGGUGGAUGCCAUGCUCACCUGGGUCCUUCCCAAGCCUGCCCAUGCCAUCUACUGAGUCCUGCCCUCCAGCAAGACAUUUUUCUUCCAGGGCAGACUCUGAUUUAUGUCUGUCCCCACCCUGGUACUGCCUGGUGCCUGGCACAAAA